GCCUUUGCUCUCGUCUGCCUCCGCCCUCAUCCGCGCCUUCCUCUCGCCUCCGAGGCGGCUGGGCCUGCUCGGCAGCUCUUCGUUCCUCUCGUCUCCUCACCACCGCCCUCGUCGGGCCGCCCGUAAUCGACGCACAGCUGCAGUAGGAUCGAUCCAUCAACCCAUCGAUUCCUCUGCUUUCUUGCGCUCCCUUUGUCCUCUCCGUGUUGCUACUUUUGGCAAAUUUUGAUUUAUCCACGGUUUCUUCACAGAGCAUUUCCCUUGGCGCCGAUGGAGCAGCCGGAGAUUAGCUUUUGCUCGCCGGAGAUGGAGCAGACGGGGCUGUUUUGGUUGCCGGUGGAGGAAGCGGAGCAGGGACUGGACGGCCUCCUCGGCGAUCUGCAGCUCAGCCUCGCGAGCAGCACCGCCUGCGGACUCCAGAUGGAGAAUUAUCGAGCACGAGAUGAUGAUGCCGUGUUGAUCCUAAAACUUCUGGAAGAACCCAGAGAUGAGGCAGACCUGGAUGAAUGGUUAUCAGGUGGUUUACAUGAAUCUCCUUUACAGGACACAGUUAGCCAUCAUCAGAUGGAAUGUAGGAGAAGUGGUCGAAGAGGAACGCGCAAGAGAAGGACAUCUCCAUGGGACACAUUGUUCUUCGGAGGAAUACCUUUAAGAAGGGCCGGGAAAUACAUAACUAGAAAAAACAAUAGCCAUUGGACAGCUAAAGAAGUGAAGUUACUGGUACAUGGUGUAUCUAAAUUUGGUGUAGGACGAUGGAGCAAGCUGAAGAAGAAGUAUUUCAAGACAUCAGUUAGGACAGCAGUCAACCUUAAGGAUAAGUGGCGAAAUCUGUUGAGAGCAUACCAGAAAAACAUACAAAAAUAUACACUGCUGGACCUGGAGCCACCAUUGGUUGAACAAAUCAGGAAGCUAGCUGUGAAACAUCCGUAUCCGAAACGAAGGCACAGUUAAGAACAACAGCUCAGUCAUUGUAUAGAUCCUGGCAUGGAGUUAGCGGCAUCUAAAAGGGAAGGUAACAGUAGAAACUAGAUUAGUAAUUAAAUGGAGGGAGGGUUUUUUAAGUAAACAGGCUCAAUCUUUACUUUUGCCAAGUCUAAGGACCAAAAUACCUCUCUGUAAAAUUGUCCAGCUGUCCUAGACAAAUUGCUUGACAUCAGUUUUUUCAGAGGCCUAAGAUCCAUUUCAGUUCUUCCUUGCUCCUUGGUGCUUAAACACAGCAGGUGCACUGAUCUGUGAUCCUGUCAAUCUCUGAAUUUACACUUCUGUGAAAAAGUUUA